AUGACGUCUCUUUGGAGCUAUCUGGCGGCUCUGUUAUGUUCCCUAAGCUUCGCUGUGGCCAAUUGUCCUCAAGGCUUUACUCCAGUGGGCAGAAAGUGUUUGUAUUUUGAAACGCUAAAGCUCGAUUGGCGAAAUGCCCAAAACAGAUGUGCCUCCUAUAAUGCUGAUCUCAUAGCGUUUGCGAACCAACAGGAAGUUAAUGAUUUAAGUACUCACCUGAAUGCGAUAAGCUGGCCAAGCAAUUGCCCCCUUGAUAGCAUAUGGACGCUCUCUGCAGGCCCACCUGGACCAACAAAUAAAUGUGUAGCCGUAUGCAGGAAGGCACGCAGAAGCAUCACAUUAGAGGACUUUAGCUGUAAUACUCUGUUCGCAUCAGCCUGCCAAUGGCGGGGGGGACUGGGUCCACCAACACAGGGACCACCAACACAGGGACCGCCAACACAGGGGCCACCAACACAGGGCCCACCAACACAGGGACCACCAACACAGGGACCACCAAUAAACUGGCCACCAACAGAAGUUCCACCAGGUCAAGCACCCCCGCUCCUAGCCAAGGGAAGAAUUUGCGUUAGGCAAAAGAACAAGAAUCCUUACUGUUCACCUUUAUAUAAAUAUAACCCUUGGGGCCAGCUCCUCUAAAAAUUAUUCAAUAAAUAUAUAUAUUGGGAGCUCAAAUUGUUAAAUUGAAGAAAAUGCAUGCUAAUCAAUAAAUUCAAUCAGCUAUACUUGUAUUGCUAUUUAAA